AUGGCUAAAAUACAGGGAAAAAGGAGCAACGCUCUUGGGUCAUCUUUGGAGAUGUCCCAGAUAAUGGAUGCAGGUGCAAACAAAAUUAAAAGAAGAAUAAGAGAUUUAGAACGACUACUAAGGAAGAAGAAGGAUAUAUUGCCCUCUACUGUAAUAAUAGAAAAAGAAAGAAAUCUACAAGCUUUACGAUUAGAAUUGCAGAAUAAUGAACUCAAGAACAAAAUCAAGGCCAAUGCCAAAAAAUAUCAUAUGGUGAGAUUCUUCGAAAAAAAGAAAGCACUAAGAAAGUACAACAAGUUGUUGAAAAAAUCAAAUGAAUCCACAGUUGAUAAAGAUCUACAAGACAAACUGAGAGCUGCUAAAAUUGAACUAUGUUAUGUGAUAAAUUUCCCCAAGACUGAGAAAUACAUCGCGUUAUAUCCAAAGGACGUCCCAUCUACGGAUCCAAAGGGUGUAGAAUUGACAAACAUAAAAAGAGACCAAUUUCUCAAUUUAGUAGCCGAAAGAAUGGAUACGAAGACACUAGAUGUAUCUUUUGAAGAAAUUUUAAUGGGCAAGAAACUGGAUGACGAUUCAAUUGGAUUAACUUUAUCCCAUAAAGUCGAUCAUAGUGAUGAAUCACACGCAUCAUCUACAAAAGGCGCGAAUAAACCGGAGCAGGUUGAAGAAGAGGAUGACUUCUUCGAGUAA